AUGGCUGAUUCUGUAACUGAUGAAAAGAAUUCAAUAGCAGCAUCAAAUGCAGUUGUAUCGAUGGGUCCAUUUACAUUUGUUUAUGAAGAUUUAGUCUUUCAUAUUCAUGCAAUUCAACAUGAAAUGUUCGAAAUCAUAAAAUAUCUUGAUGAUCGAUGUAAAAAUGAAAAGAAUAUACGAAAAGAAUUGAAAUCACGUUCAAUAACAUUUGUUGAUCCAUAUGGAUAUUCAAUAACUAAUCAAUAUAUGGAUCAUGAUUUGAUUAGUACAUUGUUGAAGAAAUACAGCAAGAAUAAUGUGCCAAAAUAUUUACAACAAUGGAUUAAAAUUGGAAAAAUGAAUCAAAAUGGUAUCUUACCAUUAAAUGACGAUGAACUGAAAUCAUCUGUAUUCCAAUAUCCAGAUGGUUAUCAAUUUAUCACACACGGUGAAAUAAAUAUUUUGAUAGAAUAUUGUGAAGAUGUGCCAUCUCAACAAUUGGUACUACCAGUUCUCUUAACAGAGACCAUUGAAAAAAUUAAAAUGCAAAUACAGGAUCUUCGAAAAUUACCAAACAUUGAACUAAAAUCAUUUAUAUUAGAUCAAGAUUCUCGAACGAAUAAACAAAAUUGGAAUGAAGGUAAAACACUCAAAUCAAAUGAUACUGUCUUAUCAUGUAAGUUAUAUCAAGAUAAUUGUAUCAUCAUAGCAAAAAUUUUGCAAGAAAAAGUAAAUUAA